GCUGACUAACCCAAAAUCCCUCUCAUCACCUCAAACCUCACCACCAAAUCGCAGCACCUCAAUAGUCAAGAGCUCACCCUCACACCCACCCACACACCCACAACAUGUCCCAACCAUCCCUCGCAAGCGCAAUCCGAGCCCGACCAUGGCUCCAGAAAAUGGUGACCCCACUCGCCAAUUGGUACUGCAACGCCGCCGGAUACAGAAAGCUGGGUUUAAGGUGAAUCCCUCGUCGCCCUCUGCUCCGUCUGCUCUUAUGGACCUGGCCAGGAUGGAUUGGGCGCAACGAAUACAUGUGAAGGAAUGAAGCUGAUGAACGGUGUGUAUGCAGAGCCGAUGAUUUGAUCCCCGAAGAAUCCGAGACUGUGCUGCUGGCGCUUAAACGUCUUCCGCCCCAAGAGGCUUACGACCGUGUGUUCCGCUUGCGAAGAGCUUUCCAGGUAUACCCCCCAACGAAACCUCAUAUACAACAUGUGGUGGAACGUAGAUUCUGAUAAUUACCAGUGUUCGCUCGCCCACCAAUUGCUCCCCAAAGACCAGCAGACGAAGCCAUCAGAGGUACAUAUCAAACCAUUCCAGCAUGCGAUAACAGGCACAGAAUUAAUGGGUGCCACAUAGGAUAUCGCAUAUCUCUCACCAAUCAUAAAAGAAAUCGAGGCCGAGGCAAAGGAACGUUUGGAUUUGGAGUCCUUGUCGAUUACGAAGCGAAAGUAAACCGAGAGCGAUGGGAUUCAUAGACGUAUGUGUAUAACGGGGCGGCACGCUACUAGAGGAAUUUUUUUUCGAGGGAAUCGAAAAUGGGUAUGGACUGGG